AUGCUAUCAUUCAGUGAUAAUAAAAAUAACGGCAAAAGUAAUGAGAAAUUACUGAAGAAGACUUCGAAUCCGUUUUCGGACACAAACACCAAUAGUUUAUUCGAUGUGAACGAUCAGCACUUCACCGAAAACAACAUGAAGUCUGUGCUCAACAAGACGACCAAUAACGUAGGGAACAGUAGUUUCUAUACAGAACCGGAAUCGCCUGAUGAGUUCAGUACCCUUCCCCGCCACUCGAUUGCCUCGGGAGCCACACCACUGGCCGCUCGUGAGAGUGUCAUCAGGGCUCAGAUGACGAUGAGAGAGGAGGACUUCACGUACUCGCAGACGUUUAGGGUGUUUAUCGGCACCUGGAAUGUGAACGGCCAGAGCGUGACCGAGAAGACACCUCUCGAGCACUAUUGGCUCUCUUGUGAUCCCAAUCCGCCCGAUAUCUAUGCGAUCGGUUUCCAAGAACUGGACCUCUCGAAGGAGACGUUUCUGUUUAAUGAGACGCCGAAAGAGGAGAUGUGGUUCAACGCGUGUCGGAAAGCGUUGCACCCAAAGGCUACUUACGAUGUCGUCAAACUGGUCCGACUCAUCGGAAUGAUGUUAAUUGUGUUCAUUAGGCGAGACUUAAAACAAUUCAUUAGCAAUAUAUCGGCCGAAAUGGUGGGCACCGGACUUAUGGGCCGAAUGGGAAACAAAGGCGGAGUCGCCGUUAGGUUUGAUUUCCACAACUCGUCGGUAUGUUUCGUGAACAGCCAUUUGGCGGCUCACGUCGAGGAGUAUGAGCGCCGCAAU